AUGUCUGGCACUAAGAUCUGGUUGAGAGCUGAAACUAAGCCUGCUGAGGCUCGAUCAGCUCUCACUCCCACCACUUGCAAGGCUCUCGUCGAUGCCGGUUACGAUGUCACCGUAGAGAAGUCUACGCAGAGAAUCUUUGAAGGUGAAGAAAUUUCCCUUGCGCGCAUUGUUGAGGAAGGGUCUUGGGUCAAGGAUGCCCCCAAGGAUGCCUACAUUCUGGGUCUCAAGGAGCUGCCUGAGGAUGACUUCCCCCUUGAGCACGUCCACAUCUCCUUUGCCCACUGCUACAAACAGCAAGCCGGAUGGGAAAAGGUCCUGAGCAGAUGGCCUCGUGGCGGCGGAACCCUCCUCGACCUUGAGUUCCUUACGGACGAGGCUGGUCGCAGAGUUGCUGCCUUCGGAUGGUCUGCUGGAUAUGCUGGUUCUGCCCUGGCCAUCAAAACAUGGGCGUGGCAGCUAGCGCACCCUGAGGGAGAGCCUCUACCGGGCGAGAAGCCCUACGCUAACAAACAGCUCCUGAUUGAGUCGGUCAAGGAGUCGCUGGAGGCUGGUAAGAAGAUCGCCGGUCGAUCCCCGAAGGUGCUGGUCAUUGGAGCUCUUGGUCGGUGUGGAACCGGUGCCGUCGACCUUGCCAAGGAUAUCGGCAUCCCGGAGUCUGAUAUUAUUAGGUGGGAUAUCGAGGAGACCAAGAAGGGCGGGCCUUUCAGGGAAAUUGUUGAGGACGCCGAUAUCUUCGUUAACUGCAUUUACCUCUCUGCGAAGAUCCCGCCGUUCAUCAACGCUGAAACACUCUCCUCGCCCAACAGGCAGCUGAGUGUUGUCUGCGACGUCAGCGCUGAUACCACGAACCCUCACAACCCGGUUCCCGUUUACGACGUGAUCACCACCUUUGACAAGCCCACUGCCCCUGUCAAGCUUCCAGCCGGUAGCAAGAACCUGCCGCUCAGCGUCAUUAGCAUUGACCAUCUGCCAUCUCUGCUUCCCCGUGAAUCUUCCGAGAUGUUCAGCCAGGCUCUGCUCCCCAGCUUGUUGCUGCUGAAGGACCGAUCCAAUGCCCGCGUAUGGACCCAGGCUGAGGAUCUGUUCAAGCAGAAGCCUGCCACUGUUGCCGCAUAUGCGGCGGGGGCGUCCCUCGCCGCUAUCACGCUGUUCUACGUCUUCGGGCCUAACUUCACUAUCGAUGGCGAUGAUUCAAGUAACAACAACCGCAAAAACGGCAUCGUGGGCCUCUCGAACCCCGCCAAUGACUGCUUCAUUAAUUCCGUGCUGCAAGCCCUCGCAGGGCUCGGGGACUUGCGUCUAUACUUGAUCAGAGAACUUCACCGGCGCGAGCUCGAUGGACCAGAGGUGUAUGAUGUGCUGCCGGAGCCGCAGGAUAUGCCGAGGGACCAGAGGCCUGAGAGGCUCAGGGAGCUACAGCAGGGGACGGUUACAAAGGCCUUGAAGGAAAUGCUGGACCGGCUCAACGAACGACCGAUUUACAAAAAGACCAUUUCUGCGAGGCCGUUCAUUCAGGCCCUCGAGUAUGCGUUCCGCACGCGGAUCAGCCGCAAUCAGCAGGAUGCUCAAGAGUUCUUGCAGAUUGUCGCGGAAAGACUCAGUGAUGAGUAUCAUGCUGGGAUCAAAGCCAGGCAGCAUAUGCCGAUGUUGGUUGACCCGUCGUUCGACGCAGAUGCAUCCACGCAGCCCACACAGGAUCCAGACGCCGCGAUGAACCAGAAGGAAACCAGUGAAAUUGAGGUGCGAAUUGACGAUAAGUCAGAGAAUGGCCUACCAGCUGUUCUGACUACGAAACUGAAAGAGACGGAUAACGAGUAUGGCUUUCCGUUUGAAGGCCAGCUGGAAUCGCAAAUCGAGUGUCAAUUUUGCCACUAUCAGUACAAGCCGAAUAAAACAUCGUUCGUGAAUCUCACGUUGCAGGUGCCCCAAGCGAGCUCGACUACGCUAAAUUCCUGCUUCGACGGUCUUCUCAAGACGGAGUACAUCGAUGACUUCCGGUGCGACAAGUGUCGAUUACAGCAUGCGCUGGAAACCAAGAUCAAAGAGAAAUCUCGAGCUCAUGCGGAGGAAGAAAGGGAAAGGAUUGCGACGGAAAUAGGGCUGAUCAAGGAAGCGUUGGAAAACGAUCCAGAGCACUUACCGGACGGGGUGACGAUGCCGCCCUCAGAUCUAGCACCGAAACGGAGGAUCGCGAGGCAUAUGCGGAUAGUAGUCUUCCCCAAAAUCAUCGCUAUUCAUUUAUCGCGCUCUAUAUUCGAUCACAGCAGCUCCACCAAGAACGCAGCCAAAGUGUCUUUCCCGGAGCGUCUCCCCCUAGGCGGCAUUCUGACGCGCAAAUGGUAUAAGUUGUUGGCCAUUGUGUGUCACAAAGGAAGCCAUCAGAGUGGUCAUUACGAGUCCUUCCGGAGAAAUAACUUGUAUCCUCCUUUCUCCACGCCCGACGUCUUCAGGUCCUUCGCUCAGAGCCGGGCGGCCAGUGAGAACCCUUCCAGAGCCCCCAGCCCACGGAUCAGAGCAAAGAACUCUGCAGAGCAAGAGCCUGGGUCUUUGAACCUUUCUCCCGCAGAAUCGUCGGCGUCACUCUCCAGUCCCACCCUGCCGUCUCCCGCUACAUCUCUUCCAGUCCCGCAGUCGCGAGAAACCACGCGUCCAACGUCGAGUCCCCGUGUGUCCUUCCAGAGCGGUCGUUCGAAGUCAUCGUCGAAGUUGAUGUCCUCAUCCACUCCGGAAGGGAGGGACUCUUCCACAUCACCGUCUCUACGGUUGCGUAAUUCCAAGUCGAGCCUCUCGUUGUCCAAGGGCAAUGGCGGGCCGCGACCUUCUACGGAGGCCUCAUCGGGGGCUCCCUCUCGGUUUCGUCGCAAGCGUAAACACAUGGACCGAUGGUGGCGGAUAUCAGAUGAGAAAGUCAAGGAAUGCAAGACGGCAGAUGUGCUUGGCAUGCAGAGGGAGGUCUAUCUCCUUUUCUAUGAGAUUGAAAAACCGGACGCCAGCCCUCAUGGGGCGGAUGAUGCUUGA